AUGGAGCUCCGUCGCGUCAACUUCUUCUUGUUUUUAUUUAUUAACCAAGUUUUCACCAGCCUUCAGUCGAAAGAACGUGAGUAUAGACCAUUUUCUUUUCACGCUUUUCGUUAGGGGAAAGUGCAUCCUACUUUUUUACCACACCUUGUGAGUCAGGAGGUUGGAAUUUGAAACUUAAAAUUUAACUUUCUGUUUUUAAUUUUGUCAUGACAAUUCCCUCAAAUGUGUCGCUAUUUUAUGUUAUUCAGCUAAUGUAAUGUGGUUUUUUGUUUUGACUCAGGCAUAUAGCAAACACUGGCCUUUUAAAACGUGUCUUCACAAUUUAGAAUGACUUAAAUAAAAGUAAAAUAACUUUUUAAAGUGGAUUUAAACUUGUCUUUAACAGUGAAUUAGUCUACUUAACCCAUGUGCUUAAAGUAGCCUUUGUCACUUUAGGGUUAAGGGCCACUUGUGAGCUGCCCCAACAUGUCCGACUGUUUUUUUCUUGUUUCACUUGUGUGGUGUAGAUUCAUGUAUUUCUCUGGUCAUGGCAAAUUUAAGUGCCCACGCCUUUCUCAGACAUUAUUAGUUGUGUAUCCUGGACCUGGAGGACACGGUCAAUGAAGUCUUGAAUCGAACCGACAUGCCUGAUUAGACUGUCAAAGCAUGGCAUGCGCCCCCUAUAAAGCUGUUGGCCCCUGGGAUCAAGGCAGAAAAUGCAAUUGUACAGUCAAAUCAGAGUCAUUUCUAAUUACUUAACACCCUGUUUUCUAUAAUAGCUAUGUUUUUAAUACUUUUAAUUUGCAUUUAGGUGUAAUUGGUCAUUGUGUGGUUAUUCUAACCUUGUUUUAUAUGUUUGUUUGUUUUUGCCUGCAGAAGUUUUACUGGAUAUGAGUGCGUCAGGAUCAGAACUGGGCUGGUUGACGUCCCCAAAUGAGGACGGAGUGAGUAUUUUUACUUCAACAUGCUUAAGGUUAAAGACUUGAAGCCAUCUUCCAACUUUGUGAGGCAACAAACGGACUGAAAAAGCAGCUGCAGAUAAGACGAUUUGAGAAUUUGAAUACUAUUUAGUAAUAACAAUAGCCGAGGCCUCUUCCUGCUCUUUCAGCCCACUAAAAAAGCUAUCCGGGAGAGAUGGAAUGAGUGGCAGCUCCGUGAGGUUUGGCAGAGCCCAGCUAGUCUCGCUACCCUUUCAUAAAGAACUUAUGAAUGUCAUUAAAAUGUCAAGGUUCAGCCCUAUGUUUGAAUUUACGGAGCAUUUUUACACACAAUCACAGGAGAUUGUUGUCAUUCCAACACCAGACCAUGAAGCUGCAUUUUGAAUUUGUGUUCCCCCCCUCUUCGUGUUACAUCUCUGAAUUUAGAGAUAACAGCAGUGAGAGAGGAUCUGUACAUUUGCGGGCAGACGUAAGUAAAAGAGGCAUAAAGACUGGUCCGUGUGUGGAGAACCAUCCCUCUAUCUAUAGUUCAGUGGCUUUCCAUCUAAAUAAAGCAACAGGACACGGCUACUUCCACUGUGUGGGCUACGUUUCUUGUCUGUCUGUCCCAGAGAUCCAAGGAUUCUGGUAUUUCCCCUCCUAUAGCACAGUUUUCCUUAUUUUUGCUAAAUGUUCUCCCAGUAUUUAGCUAAACUUUAUCAAACUGGUGACUUUUUACCAUUUAUUUGGUAAAUGCUGUUAAAAAAAACUUGGUCGGUGACAGAAGCUGGGUCUUAAAUUCAGCAUUUGAUGUCUCCAGUAUAUAAUCUAAUCUAAAAGGUACAUGCUUCACUGAUCUAUAAAUUACAAAAUGCUACUCCCUAAUGUGAUCACUUUUUUUUUCCUUUUACUUAAAACAUCUGAAAUACUUAACUGCAUCUCUGUCUAACAUCAGUGUAAGAGCUGUAAAUGCACACUCUGAUUUACUCCCCGUACUUAAACAUAUGAGGUGUUAGAUUUUAAUGUUAAAUCAAAGCUUUAAUCUCUCUACUCAUCAUUGCUUCCCCGCUCUUUAAAAGUCUUAAUUGCAGCCAAUUUUGCUGCCGUGUCUUUGCCAUGUGCUUAUGACGCUCAUUUAGCCGCUAUAAAUCUCGUUUGGUUUUCUACGGUAGUAUUUGCCGGAUUUAUGUGCGUCUCACACACAUGCACCCCUCUGUGUGUAAGUGGAGAACCACACACGUCGUGACUGAGCGCAGCACAUGUCCAGGCCGAUGAUCUUAAUUUGUGGGGAAAAAAAACUUCAGCUCCCUUCUUUACUUUAUGAGCUUCUCCCUCAGCAUGAAAGAAGAGGUGUCCCAUCAAUAAAACUGGCUCUCAGUGAGAACAAAGCAUCUGAAGCCUGUACUUAUUCCCUGAAAACCACAACCUUUCAUUUUAGAAGCUUACUAACAAACUGAUCCUUUUCCACUCUCUUUAUCUUCUCGUGUUCUGCAGUGGGAGAUUGUCCAGACGGUGGUGAAUGGCUCGCUUCUGUACACAUACAGCGUUUGCGGCAUAGACUCCUCUGAACAAGAUAACUGGCUAAGAACAACGUUCAUCCAGCGGCGCCCGGGGACCUCACGUGUGUCUGUGGAGCUUCGCUUUGUCGUACGAGACUGCAACACCUUCGAGGGUGCUUCUGUGGCCUGCAAGGAAACCUUUAACCUUUACAUAUCAGAGGCCGAUGCCGACGUGGGGACCAACUUCCGCAAGGGCCAAUUUAGAAAAGUGGCCACCAUUGCUCCUGAUGAGGUCACCAGAGGUCGCGUGCUAAAAGUGAACACGGAGACGAGGACGGUGGGGCCUCUGUCCAGAAGGGGCUUCUACCUGGCUUUCCAGGAUAUGGGUGCAUGCGUGGCUCUGCUGUCUGUCAGGGUGUACUAUAAAACGUGCCCAUCCACGGUGCAGAGCUUGGCGGCCUUCCCAGAGACGGUGGCGGACGCCCUGAGGGAGGUGGAGGGGGCCUGCGUGGAGAACGCCGUCAGCCAGACCACCCCACGCAUCUACUGCUCAGCUGAGGGCGAAUGGGUGGUUCCCGUGGGCCAGUGCCAGUGUCUUGCAGGCUAUGAAACCACCGGGGACUCCUGCCAAGGUAAGCACUGCCAGAAAUACGCCAUGCACUCAAGUGAAACGUGUUUGUGCCGCCAUGUGAGUAAAUUAAACUCCUCCAACCACUACUUUGGCAAGGUGCGAGGAAUGAGAACUGAGGAAUGUUAAUUAUGUACGACUUGUCUGCAUAUCCAUCAUGAAAAAAACGCUCCAUAUGUCUUCAAGUAGGUCAGGUACAGUAGGGUAAGGUAUGGGAAAGGGAAGAUGUCUCAACAUGUUUGUUUUAUUUAGAUUUUAGGCAACCACAGAUUGCUCCAUGUGCUUGAGAAAAUAAUCCUAAAAAAAAAUUCGACAGCUCAUCUCUUCACCUGUUGGGCAACAGCGCAUUCUUUCCACCACUCUUCUCUCAGGACUCACAGACCGGGGAAGGGCUGACACACUGUUUUAUGGUUAUGGCUAUGACUGGAGGAGAUAAAGUACAGCACAAAAAGAUCCUCUAUUGACUUACUCAUUCUAAAUCGACUGUGACUUUGUUUUUUAUUUACACACAGUCCACUUCUUUAGACCUGAAGCUGAAACUACAAAAAUAUGUGAAGUCAUUGUGAAGAUUUUUUCCUUUUUUGUGUGAAGAGCUGCCAAGUUUCAGGUUACCGAUGAGCUCUUAAAGACAUAAAUUGAAAGAUAUUUGUCAGGAAAUGUCUUGUUUGAAAUAGUAAAUAACACAAGCUUCUUGUAUACAAACUCAGGGUUCCUAUGCAAGUAUGAAAAGUAUGGAAAAGUAUGGAAGUAAUUUGAUCAAUAUCCAGGUAUAUACUCUAAAGUAUGGAAGUAUGGAAAAUUAUCUAGGUUUCCAGACUAUUACCACAGUAAAAAAAAAAAAUGUUUUCUAAAAUAGAAAAGAAGUUAUUUCCAAAAAUAAUUCUAAAAAGUAAGGUAUGAAUAUUCCAACUGUGUAGGAACCCUGACAAACUGUUCUCCUUUAAAAGUAGCCUCACUGUCAAUUAUUCGCAAACUAGAGUAAAAGUUUUAGGACACAUUUUUAACUCCUCAAACAUUUAAAGACAGACUUCAGUUUAAAGACGGUGGGAAUCAUUUAAAACCGAGGGAAAUUUUAGAAGUUAAAGGUGACACCCAUGCUAAGGUUAAGAAUGCAAAACCUUUCCAGAAUGCACUGCCCUCGAGAAAGACCUGCAAGCACAAACACACAAACUAUAACAAGUGUGUACAGUAAAAGACAUAGCUGUGGUGUUCGUACUGUAAGUGCCCCUACUGUUUGUACGGAAGUUUUUUCUCGGGUGUGGUUUGUUGAACUGUCUAGAGGAAACGUGGGAGGAGAGGAGGAUACGGAGAGAAGGGGAAGGGGGGAGGAAAGGCACAGUAUGAUGCGGGGAUUUUCUGAAAGGAAUUCUUUCACCCUCGCGUCACCUCCACCACCGGUUGACUAAAGGAAGGGUCCGUGUGAACGUGUCAGCGUGACUACCUGAGUGGUGUGUCUUCUCCUCGGAAGUAUUUGUUGUGCAUGAGUUGCCGGGGCGACGGGAACCGCAGAUUACAGGGGAUGGAGCUGACACGCCUGCCAGAGGUUAGACUGAGUCAGGCGGCAGUUUAUGACUGCUGAUGGUCCGAGUCACCUUGACUGGCACGGUUUAAUCUCAGGUUCUGAGUCAGUUCCUCUCAGUGAGUUUACUUCUCCAACUGAAAUAUGAUGGAUUAGAUUAGAUUAGUUUGUCCACUGACUGAUUGGUAAACUAUUGUUGUCUUUGUAGUUUGAUUCUUGGGUUUUAUCUCACUAUUAAAAAGACAAAAAAGAAACAACUCAAAAAUUUAAAUACGCCAUCUUUAGAUUGGGAAAUUUUGGCACAUUCAGAGUCACUGACCACACAAAUACGUGGUCAGUGGACGAAAUGAAAGUCAAGAGUGAGUAAAUUCUGUGUAAGUUGCACACCACUCAUAGAUAAGUGCUGUGCGUCAAAGAGCAAAUCUUCAUCUAAGGUUGUAAAAACAAAACAGGAGAGUGAGUCAGGAAUAAUGCCAAGUCAAAGGAAUGUUUCAGUCUUUGAGGUUUCCUGACCGCAGGCAGACUCUGAACUGAACACCUGAACCGGAAGCUGGCGAUGGAGGACAGGAAAUAUUUAUGACGAGAAAAAACCUGCAGUCCAAAGUCUGGAGGAUGACCUGGUUGUUUGGCUUCAGGAAACAUUUUAUUACAUAAGUUAACUCGCAAUCAUUGCGAUGGUUUAGUUUGUUCCAGCCGAGUCCUUGUUUUCAAACUUUACAUUCAAUAGAGAAAGUGAUACCCCUCGGAGGCUCAUAUGGAUUCCACUCACGACUCCAACUGUUGUGGGGAAGAGGAAGUAAAGUGAGAAGAGGAGGAAUGCUGACUGACACAAAUAAGCAGGUUGUCCUUGGUUGAAGUCAGAGGGUGGGGAGCAAGUCGACAGUUGGUGCAUGAGGGUGGCUAGCUUCGUGGCUGCUUAGUUAGGUGUGGAGUGUAAUUUAGUCAAGAGGAUUAGUAGAGCAACAGGACAGCUGUUAGCCAAUGACAUGCCCCCGCUUUGCCUCCCUUUGCUCUUUCAUCCGGUUGUUAACACACGCAACGAGCUCCCUAAUCCAUGUUCCCACUCAUUAGAACAAUGGGCCGACUCAAAAGCAAAAAAAGCAGAUUCAAUUAACAGAUGCACCGGUGCGGAACAGAAGUCCUUUUCACAUGUGUCCCAGUCUAAAAGGAGCCUUGGACGAAAAGAAGGACAAAUUACAUUAACAAGUCAAAUCAAAGACAGCAAAGUGAAAGUUUGGAUCUAGUUAAGCAAUAUUUAUGAUUAAAUUAAGCUAAACUGUUGGGAUUUUUUUUUAAUCCACCAUUUCCAAUCUUUGCAGAUACAGUGUUUGUAUUCAUUUCACACAUGCCGCCAUUUGUGCGCUGCAUAAUGAGCAGAGCAACAUAUUUAUGGCACCACUCUGGCCAAUCUCAGAGACAAUAGAUGAAUAGGGCCGGAGUUUCUUUGGUACGUGACAGAGGUCCUGCUGCCUGGGCUCAGGAUAAAAUGGGCUGGCCCCCUUUUCUUAUGCGAAAAGACUUCAGCUACACCCCCACUGCCGCCCAGUGACUCCCCGGGGAGAAGUUCUGUUGGUGCUCCAGACCUUUGCCCCCUUCCCCCCUCCAUUCAUCCACCUAUUCAUCUUCAUCCUCGCUCCUCAAACUCAACCUGCUCCUUCUCCUCCUCUGAGGCGAUACUAGGGGUGCAAAGGUCCUUCUGCCUCGGUGGUAAAGUAACGCGACCACGUCUUAAAUCCAGGGUUCACCCGACCUUUUCUCACAGCCACAAGCUCAGGGACCACAUGAAAGGGUUCUCCUGUGGGAGGCAAAGAGAGGAGAACUUUAAACCAACAUUUUCUUUUAAGUUUUUUUUUCCUUUUUUUGUGGUUCAGGGCCCUUUCAUGACUCUAGAAAGUAUGUGCAUUUGUUUCCAUAAACACACUAAAAUUCAUAAUUUCUUCCCCUCUUUCCUGACUCUCCUGUCCUCCCCAACUUUCCAACCUUGGAUUCUGUAAUUUGCGACUGGUGUCAGAGGUUGUAGGGAGGAAGGAAGAAUGGGAGGAAACAGCAGCUUCAGACUGCACUGCAGUUUUCCUCUCUGGUUUCUGUUCACUCUGCAUGUUCAUUAACCUUCUCUGCCCUGGAAGGCUGUUUAUCUCUCUACUAAAACGUACAUCGCAGCUCUCCUUUGCCCAGUGUCCAAGGUGCCACUUCCUUUGUUGAAAACACAAAUAUGAUUUGCCAGAUAAUAUGAGCUGAGAGUUCACAGGGGAAAAGGUAGAUCAGAUCACCUGAUGGAUUUAAUGCUCCACUGUCAUCCGGUCCACAUCAACGGUAUGACCCAAGAUUAGGCCUCUGGGCACAAACGGCAAGUAGAGGCAGAUCUUCAGGGAAAUCCCUUUUCAUUUCUCUGCAUACAAAGACUCAGUGAUUACAGGUUAUUCACAACAAACGCUUCCUGUCAGGUGGAAAGGACUGGUCUUACAGAGACACCUUUAUUGUUUGCAUUUUGAUCCGUCAUUCCUUCCUUUGUUUGUCUGCUCAUAGUUACACAUAUCUGUCAUGCCUAAGCUAACACACACCUUCUUUUUCUCACACAGCGUGCAAACCAGGCUACUUCAAGCCAUCUGUAUCCAGCCUGUUAUGUCAGGUUUGUCCUGAUAACACCAAGCCCUCUACAGCUGGCGCCACUGAGUGUGAAUGCGAGGACGGUUUCUUCCGCUCUCCAACUGACUCUCCUACAUCAGCCUGCUCUGGUAAAACUACUCACUAACAAAGUCCAUUUUUAGCUCAUUAGCAGCAGGUCAGGAGCUGAGGCUAACUGUUCUGUCAUCUAUUUCCUCUCGCAGCCCCACCCAGUGCCCCUCGUGACCUGAUCCCCACCACCCUGUCAGCAGAGGGCAGGCUCCAGCUGUCCUGGAGCCCGCCGCUGGUGACCGGGGGCCGCGGUGACCUCACCUAUAGCGUGGUUUGUGAGCUAUGUGAAGGCACCUCCUGUAUCGUCUGUGGAGAGAAAAUCCGUUUUGAACCAGGUCCUACAGACCUGCAAGAUACCAAGGUCAUCAUCAGCGAACUGGAUUCUCACCUCAACUACACGUUCACUGUGGAGGCUCACAGCGGCGUGUCACAGUUUGGUACGACGAGGCCCGCAGCGAGCAUCACCACAGCUCUGGACUACACAGGUGAGUCCCAAGUUGAACUUAUGUCCUCCUAAGUUGAAAAAGUAGGGAGCACACAAAGAACUUAAAGGGCACAAUGAAAAUUGAUCAAAUAGCGUGUGUCUUAUUGGUCAACAUAAGUACUAUUAUUUGAAAUCAAUUGUAGGUCAAUUGGUCACAUGACAUGGAAGAUAUUGAAGGAAAACAGCCUUUUUUGAGAACGUCAACCGGUAAUUUAUUGACGGUCCCUUAUUCAACUCCUGACGUUGACAGCAAAGGUGCCGAGUAGAUUUAACCGCGAUGGUGUUGCUAUUCCUGGUUAUGGAGAGUGAGAGGACACCAGUAGGAUAUCCAACCCAAAACUAACUUCACUGCGGUAUUUACAUGGAAAAAAAAAACAUUUGUUGCCUCAGCUGAUUUUUUUAUGCACACAUGUGCCCCUAAAUACAUUUUACAAUUUGCCCCCAUCUAUUUUCGGUCGCAAAUGCAUGUGUAACGGUCACACUGUUGAGCCCUGCCAUCACAUGUAGAGAUUGAACUUUCUCCCUUAAAGUUGAAUCCCACAUAUUUCUCUCUAAGUUCAUAGAUGAGAGCCAAAGCAAACUCAAAAUGUUUUAUCCUUUGCAGAAAGUCUUUAGGUGGUUGUAAUUUUCUUUGCCUCAAACUAAACUUGGUCAAAUAGUUAUUUAUAUAUAUAAAAAUCAAAUAAAGUAAAUAACUAUUUUUUUAGGAAGCGCUUUUCCAAAAAACUUGUCUAAACAUGAUUUUUAAUUCAUAGUCAUCAUUAAAGCCAGUUACUUCAUUAAAGGUGUAACUUACCGCACCUCUCAUAAUUAAUCCAUCAUUUAAGUCCUUUGAAAGAAAUCCCAGCAGAUCUAGUCCUGUGUAGAAAGUACUUGAAACCCCACCCUUACUGCCAUGACCAAACAAAAGAUCCUGUUUUUGUUAACUGUUUUUUCUUUACUGAGUUCUCUGAGACACUACACAAAGAGCAAUUUAUUACAUCCUGCAGCUCAUCUGUUUAAAAUUAGGUUUAUGAGCAAUUUGUUGUAAUAACCGUGGUAAUAAAAUGCUUUUACUUUCAAACUGGAUUAGGGGUUUGAAAGAAAUAAAAAUGUCAAGACAGUUUUUCAUGUGCGUUUGUAUUUGUCUAUCGAAAGCAUUGUGCUGAAAUGAGGGGUUACUCCACUUAGAGGAAUUCACUCUGACCAAAGAGUCCCAGAGGCUUUUAUUUCCAACUGUCCUUCCUAACUACUAUGAUUACUCACUAACCAUUAUUUUGCUUUCUGCCUCCCCACGACCGUUAGAUCCCCCAAAGGUGACGUUGAUCCAUCUGGAUGAUCGCAGCCCCACCAGUCUGUCUCUUUCCUGGUCUCUGUCUCGCAGGCCUCCCGCCCACAUCAAUCAUCGCUACGAGCUCAUGUACCGCAGAAAAGUAAGACGGAGUGCUUUGUUUUCCUUUGUGUUUAAUCCCUCGUUCAAAAUCGAGGCUUUUGUGAGAAAUCUGCACAUACUCUACGGAAAGAAAACAAAGAAAAACAACAAUCCAUCUUCUUUUUAGGACGACGAUGGGGAACGCGAUGUGACCACCUACACAGUCCUGAUUUUGGAGAAAAGUUCAGUCCAGAUUAACGACCUCACCCCAGACACCACUUACAUGUUCAGAGUCCAGGCCAUGAGUCCUGAAGGCAACCCGGGCAGCUACAGCGUGGAGCACGAGUUCCACACUUCACCUUUAGGUACCAAAGUUGACCAAACAUAAAACUCAAGUUUAAAUUUUUCAUAAUUCGCAUGCUUAAUAUUGCACUGUCUUUGUUUUUCCACAGCUGAGUCUCAGGUCCAGAACAACUCCACCAUGGUGAUGGGGGCUGUGGUUGGAGUCGCUGUUAUUCUGCUUGUCGUGGUGGCUGUACUGCUGCUGCGUAAACGGUAUGUUACACCACACUUCAUAUAAACAAGCAUCACCUGUGUCAUUCAGAUAAAUGUCAUCCUCAGACCUGUGUUAUUAUGAGCCACAAGCUCGAGGAGGGUUUAUCCUUAAUAGAUGGUGCUGCUAUUGAAAACAGGCUUGGUAUUUGUCAGCAGAGACUGACCUGCUUAUUUUUAAAAAGCCACUCUUUAUUCUGUCGAGUCUGUAGUAAUAAUUACUCGUGUUUUGUCUAUCAGGAGACUGAGUGCUCGAGGCAGAGGAGGACCUGAAGAUCCCUACUUUUCAACUGGUGAGAAAACCAUUCCGUCUAUACAGUAAAUAAACAUCAAGCAAAGUGAGUUAUAAUAAUAACUGACUAAUAACUGAUUUUGCCUUUAGAUCAGCUCAAACCUCUGAAGACUUACGUCGAUCCACACAUGUAUGAGGACCCAAACAUCGCCAUUCACAAGUUUGUCACAGAAAUCGACUCAAACGCCAUCAGCAAACAAAAAGUCAUCGGAGUUGGUGAGUGCUUUUCAAAUCACUGACCUUCAUUUUGAGAGUUAUAGGGAGGGACACCGUUUCUAAUGUCUCCUCCCGCUGUCCAUCUGCUAAUCAGGAGAGUUUGGGGAAGUGUUCCGUGGCGUGAUGAAGACUCCGAGCCGAGGGGAGGUGGCUGUGGCGAUCAAGACCCUGAAGCCAGGGUACUCGGAGAAACAGAGGCAGGACUUCCUGAGCGAGGCCAGCAUCAUGGGUCAGUUCUCGCAUCCGAAUAUCAUCCGCCUGGAGGGGGUUGUCACCAAAUGUGAGUUCAUUGCCCGCAACAACAGCCAACAAUAGUUCACAAGUCAUUUGAAUCAAAAGUUUUUCUACUUUUAUCUCACUAAAGGGAACUUUUUUGUUUCGCUUUCAGUCAAACAUGCAAUGAUAGUGACAGAGUACAUGGAGAAUGGAGCUCUCGACACGUAUCUGAAGGUAGGUGCAAAUAUCUUAUUUGAGGUCUAGUGUAGAAUCUACUACCAGUCCCCUACACUUAAAUCUCACUACCAAUCCCCUAAAAAGUUAAAUAAUGUGUAACCUUUCCCAUCAUAGGACCGUGAUGGCGAGAUCCCUUCAUAUCAGCUUGGGGGGAUGCUGCGUGGAAUAGCUGCAGGAAUGAAAUACCUCUCUGACAUGAGCUACGUCCAUCGAGACCUCGCAGCAAGAAACGUGCUCGUCAACAGCAACCUGGAGUGUAAAGUGUCUGAUUUUGGCCUGUCACGUGUUUUGGAAGAUGAUGCUGAGGGCACCUAUACCACAAGAGUAAGUCUAACCUAGACAUUUGAAGCCUAAAAGAACAGAAACCUUGUUUCUGUUUCAGUUAAUAAUCCCAGACAGUCAGUGUUUUGUUUUACUCUCAAGCGCCCAAUCAUGAGCGCAGGUCUUUCACCGCCUUGUGUUUCCUCUCUCUCAAACCAUUAAAUAUGAUUUGUUAUGUUUCUCUUCUUUCAGGGAGGUAAAAUCCCAAUCCGCUGGACUGCCCCAGAGGCCAUUGCAUACAGGAAAUUUACCUCAGCCAGUGAUGUGUGGAGCUUCGGGAUUGUUAUGUGGGAAGUCAUGGCAUUUGGAGAACGGCCCUACUGGGACAUGAGCAAUCACGAGGUAAGUUUCAUCUGUCACAGAAACCUCUUAUGGGUGAGAUGAAGGAUUGUUUAGCUCUAUGUAGGUCAGACUAUAAUGUGUGUUACCACUGAGAAUUUGCGCUCAGUAAGUGGUGAUAAAAAGGGGUUUGACAUCUAGCGAAGGGUCCCACCAUCCUCUGUAGAAAAGUUGUUAAUGUCAAAACACAAAUGUCAUGUUAAACCGUAGCACUGCCCUCACUCUGGCAUCAUCUUCUCUGCAGGUCAUGAAGGCCAUCAAUGAGGCCUUCAGGCUUCCUGCUCCGAUGGACUGUCCAUCUGCUAUCUACCAGCUCAUGCUCCAGUGUUGGCAGCAUGAUCGCUCUAAACGGCCUCGCUUUUCGGACAUUGUCAACAUUUUGGACAAGCUGCUCCGAAGCCCAGAGUCUUUGAAAACCAUUGCUGACUUUGACCCACGGUAAGAGUGGUAUUCCAGUGAAUUUGAUACUUCAUAAAAGAGACAAAACAUCUGUCUGUUUUGCAGAUAGAUUUCAGUCAAAUACUGACACAGUAUUGACCAGUGAUAUAAAAAAAUGCCACUUUUGCAAACGCAUGUUGAUUAAAAUAAUGGCUCAAACUCAGUGCAGUUGAAAAAAUUGUUUCAAAAUCAUCAUUUUUCUUGGCUUAGUCACCGUACUAUCUGGACUCUCUACUGGUCUUCUUGCCAAUAAAUGGUCAAGAAAUGAACCCUUGAUAAACCGACAUUUUUCACUCUCAGAAAUUUCAACCCAUUACUCAGAAAACUGUUCUUUUUUUUUUUUUUUUAUUUGAAGAAAAUGUUUGACUCGAAUUGUUUGACUGGUUUAACUGUAGCAGUAUUUGUCAUGUUUUUAGUCAUUUAAAAACCGGAAAACCCUGUCCUAUCUUGUACUCAAAUGAAGCUGUAACUGUAACAUGACCUAACAAAUCCACUGUUUCCUUGUAGUGUGUCCAUCCGCCUGCCCAGCACCAGCGGCUGUGACGGCACCAUGUUCAGGUCGGUGCCCGAGUGGUUGGAGUCCAUCAAAAUGAGCCAGUACAACGAAAGCUUUGCUCGGGCUGGGAUCACAAGCAUGGAGCAGGUGCUCGCCUUGAGGCAUGAGUAAGUACACACAUGGCACAGGUGCAGCGCCGACUCACUGCGCAAAUUUAUCUGGCAUCAGGCCACAUCUUAAUGUAACAGAGAAAGUAUUGAGCUCUCAGCUGGAACAUUUGUUUGUGGUUUGUUAAGGCAGAAAUGCCCCCCUCCAGCUAUGCCCAUCUCAUUCCUCUCAUUCCUUACUGCCAUGACUCCUGCAGCCGUGGUUAGAAGCGUUUGAUUUCCCACAACCCCCCUCCCCAAGUAUCCUUACAUUCACACCAUCUGUCGAGUUUGUUAGUCCUGACUUUACACGGGAUCUAACCUGACAUAAUCAAUUGUGUAAUCCUUGAUAUCAUACUAAUAUAAUCUCAGCAGGUCAAACUGGUCAAUAGUAUCUUAGCUUUUAGAAGUGGUAGAAUCAGCAUUUGCACUUUUAAUCAAUGUUUUUUAGUAAACAACCUCAGCUAUUUCAAUGAUGUAGGAUCUCUAUUUCAACUAGUUUUAUGAGUUAUAUUAGCAGAUAAUCCAGUACCUUUUUCUGUCUGUUAUUUUAAAUUUGGUAUCUCAUUAUUUUGUAAUUUAACCUUUAUUUAACCAGGUAAAAUCACAUUGAUGGAUAUGGAUACCAAAUACACUAUUACUAUAUUUUAUUUGGUAUGAUCCCAUCUGUCUUAGCGCUGAGGUACUCCUGGUAUGCAAUCCCUCUCUUCUCUCCUUGCAAACAGAGCACAUAUUUUCUAUAGUGUACUAAACAAGGUCUCAUUUGUCUUCUCCUUUUAGAGACAUCAGGAAUAUUGGUGUCCGGCUGCCCGGUCACAUGAAGAGGAUAGCAUAUAGCAUCCUGGGCCUGAAAGAUGAGACCAGCUCUCUCAGCGUGUUUGCAGUGUGA